UAUAAUAUGAAUGAACAGCAUCUUGGCUGGGGAAUACAAACACACACACACAAAAAAAAAUCACCGAGCAGGCUCCGUGUCUCGCCGAGGCCUUCCAUUCCCAGCAGUGGUCGUGCUAGCUUUUUGUUUCCGUACUGAAAGGUGCAUUGGAUUCUAGACCUCCAUGUACGACAAUUUGUACCUACAUGGAUUUGAAGAUUCGGAGGCGGGAUCAGCAGAUUCUUACACUAGCAGACCAUCCGAUUCUGAUGCCUCUCUGGAAGAAGACAGAGAAGCAAUACGCCAAGAGAGAGAACAGCAAGCUGCAGUACAACUUGAGAGAGCCAAAACCAAGCCAGUGGCAUUUGCUGUGAGGACGAAUGUGAGUUACUGCGGGGCUCUGGAUGAAGAUGUCCCUGUACCGGGCACUGCUAUUUCUUUCGAUGCCAAGGAUUUUUUACACAUUAAAGAGAAAUAUAACAAUGACUGGUGGAUUGGGAGGUUAGUCAAAGAAGGUUGCGAGAUCGGCUUCAUUCCAAGUCCGCUGAGAUUGGAGAAUAUCAGGAUACAGCAAGAACAGAAGAGAGGACGAUUUCAUACAAGUAAACCAAGUGGCACUUCUUCCUCAAGCCUUGGAGAAAUGGUAACGGGAACAUUUCGUGCAACCCCACCAUCUGCUGCCAAGCCGAAGCAGAAAGUGACUGAACAUGUUGCGCCUUACGAUGUUGUGCCAUCCAUGAGGCCUGUCGUGUUAGUGGGUCCAUCACUUAAAGGCUAUGAGGUGACGGACAUGAUGCAGAAAGCCCUUUUUGACUUCCUGAAGCACAGGUUUGAUGGGAGGAUAUCCAUCACAAGGGUCACCGCUGACAUUUCUCUGGCCAAGAGAUCAGUGCUGAAUAAUCCCAGCAGAAGAGCAAUAAUUGAACGCUCCAACACCAGGUCCAGUUUGGCUGAAGUACAGAGUGAAAUAGAGAGAAUCUUUGAAUUGGCUCGGUCUUUACAGCUCGUAAUCCUAGAUGCAGAUACCAUUAAUCAUCCGGCACAACUAAUCAAGACGUCAUUAGCACCGAUUAUUGUUCAUGUCAAAGUGUCUUCUCCAAAGGUAUUACAGCGACUCAUUAAAUCCAGAGGAAAAUCCCAAAGCAAACACUUAAAUGUACAGUUAGUAGCUGCCGACAAACUCGCCCAGUGUCCACCAGAAAUGUUCGAUGUCAUUUUGGAUGAGAAUCAGCUAGAAGACGCCUGUGAGCACUUGGCGGAUUAUCUAGAAGCUUACUGGCGAGCUACGCACACCACUAGUAGCACACCGAUGACUCCUCUUCUGGGAAGAAAUCUAGGAUCUACAGCUCUUACAUCAUAUCCAACAGCAAUCUCUGGAUUACAGCAGGGCCAACGCAUGAGACACAGUAACCACUCGACUGAAAAUUCCCCUAUCGAGAGACGAAGUUUAAUGACCUCAGAUGAAAAUUAUCACAAUGAAAGAGCUCGGAAAAGCAGAAACCGCUUGUCUUCCAGUUCUCAACACAGUCGUGACCAUUAUCCUCUUGUGGAAGAAGAGUACUCCGACUCCUACCAGGACACUUAUAAACCUCAUCGGAACCGCGGCUCCCCGGGAGGAUAUAGCCAUGAUUCCAGGCACAGGCUUUGAGUUUUUUUGAACUUGAUAAAAACAGAAAAAAACAAACAAACAAACAAAAAAAAAAAAGAUAGUGGUCACUUACCGGUUUGCUGUCCAGGAGAUUUGCAGUGCAUUGUUUUCUUAUGCAUUGCAGGUCAGACAGACAACAAAAAGGUUACUGACAGCAACAUAAGGUAGAUAGAAUAUACAAAUCACUUUAUUUUGCCACCUGUAGUGUCACUUGAUGCUACAUCCCCGGCAAAAUGCUUAACCACAUCCAUCAGUAUAGACGUGUAGGUAGAAAUUUAUUGUGCCCUCUCGACAGACCUUUUUGCUUUGACAUUUACAUUUGAGCAGUAUGUGUUUACAUGGAUUAUUGCACACGUCCAUUUUGUAGUCUAGGGCAGGGGUCGUCCACUUUACUUCUUGAUACCCUGGGCCGUUGGAAAGUCUUGGAGAUCUCCUUGCAUGAGGUUCAAUGAAAGGACCUAGUAAAGCAUGGGCAGGUCUUGCAAAGUCACUUGUUCAGGGGUGGGUCCUCAAAGUCUCCCUCCAUAGACAGCAACCGGUCCUAGCAUGGAUAAGUCUCUUCAUGGGUUCUUCAAUGUGUCUUCUAUGAGGAUUUUUUCGUAUCUGAACAUAUGUGACUUCUAAUGAUGGCAAGAGUAGAUGUUUCAGAGUGAGCCACCACAAGGGUCUUCACAUAAGCAGGCAAGAGACUUGAGUGCUAAUUUUUCUACUUAAUAUGAUAAGUGAAUUGUGUAGGGGGAAGAACAAGCACAAUGGGGUUUUCCAACUUGUUGGAAAUGCAUGUGGAAUAGUUUUGAUCCUGUCUUCUAUCGUUAUGUUGUCUCGCCAAUGUUGGUUCGCCAUUAUAAAUAGAUGGUUUUCAGUGACAGUUCCAGUUGCCCUUCCAUUGGUGCAAUCUGUUCAUAGCAUAGAGUACUUAAAAGUGUAUCCAUGGCAGGAGACUCUUACAGCUUAUUCGGCCCAUGGCUUUUAAGGAUUUUAGUAGGUCACUUCUGUUUUAGGGUACUUGUCAAGGCACGUAUAGGAACAAUUUCCCGCACUGGGAAAUUUCCAAAGAACAGUUCCAGUUGGAACCAAUUUAUAAAGCCAAUUCCUGUUGGAAUUUGGGUAAAUUGACUGGAAAGUCUACUUCAGCAUGUUGCAUUCACUUUAAAAAAUAACCUGGACAGGAUUAUGGGUGGGAUGGGGAAUAGAAAAGAGGAUGUUUAAUAAAAAAAUAUAAAAAUCUCUAUAUAGUACAGUUAUUUUUACUAUAUAGUAUAAAACAUAUCUUAAGCAGGUUUCAUAAUAAUA